GUGAAGUUCGCAACCUGUUCUGCCUUUUUUUAAAGAAUCGAUGCUAUUUCUCUUUUUCUCUCCAUUAAAGUUUUGACCUUUUUGUUUUUAAACGAAUCACACUCCUCAUCGUGUACAGAGCCUCCCUCUCUCCACUUCCACUUACUUCUUUGUAAGCCUCUCUUCUUUUCUCUCCAAUCUCUCUUCCGAUUUCAAGAAUGCGGAAUCUAAAGCUAUUCGAGAGGUUCAAGAGCACUCAAAUCCACGCCUUCACUUCAUCACAAGACUCUCCUUCCACAAGCACCAAUGGCAGCAGCAGCAGCAGCAGCCCUCGGAUGAACUUCCUACGCCACCCCAAAUCAACCUCCAAAUCCUUCUCUCGCUCGCUUCUCCCUCACGGCUUCCCCACCACAGACCUCCUCGAGCCUCCUCUGGACUCUAACCUCAAACCCAUCGACUUGGUCGAGUCCUUAUCGAAUCUCUACAGAAGAAUCGAGUCGAGCUCCGAGUCCGAGACCUCGAUGCUCUACCUCGAGCAGUACACUGUCCUCCGCAGCCUCGGCGACGCCAAGCUCCUGCGCAGGUGUUUGCUCAACGCCAGGAGGCACGCCGUUGAUGUCCCUUGUAAGGUUGUUUUAUCCGCUUGGUUGAGAUUCGAGAGGAGAGAGCACGAGCUUGUGGGAGUUGAGUCUAUGGAUUGUAAUGGGUUUGCUAUUGAAUGUCCCAAGAGUAGUUUGAGUCGUGGUUGUGAUUUGAAUCUAGUCAACGAGCAUUGUAAAUGUUGUGAGGAAGAGGAGAUUAAAGUCUCUAGAGCAGAUGAGUUUUCUGGUCUAGACGAGGAGAGUGAUUUCACCUUCUGUGUGGGUUUAGAGAAGGCUAAGUGUGUUAGGUCACGAAUAGCAUCCCUUUCACGGCCCUUUGAGGCUAUGCUGUACGGUUCUUUCGUGGAGUCAAGAGCUUCUGAGAUCGAUUUCUCGGAGAACGGCAUCUCAGUUGAGGCAAUGGUGGCGUUGAACAUAUACAGUAGACUCAAAAGAGUUGAUCUGUUCCGUGUCGAAACGGUCUUUGAGCUUCUUGGACUAGCCACCAAGUUCUGCUGCGACGACCUCAAGUCUGCUUGCGAGUCUCGUUUGGCUUCAUCUAUCACUGACCUUGACAAAGCGUUAACCUUUGUAGACUACGCGCUGGAGGAGCGCGCGGAGCUGCUCUUAUCAGCUUGCUUGCAGGUGUUUCUGAGAGAGCUUCCUCAGUCUCUCCACAGCUCCAAAGUGAUGAGACUCUUCUGCAGCUCCGAGGCGAAAGAAGGGUUAAGUUUCCUCGGUUCGGAGUGUUUGUUCACGCUGUACUACUUCCUCAGUCAAGUAGGGAUGGAAGAGAGGCUCCCCACGGAGGCUAUGCUGGUGUUGCUGGAGAGAACUCGUGAGUUUGCUCGCGCGAACUGGCAGAAGGCUGUGGCCUUGCAUCAGAUGGGGUGUGUUCUGUUCGAGAGGAAGGAUUACAAAGCAGCUCAGUUUCAUUUCAGAUUAGCUUCAAGCUUAGGGCAUGUCUACUCGUUAGCUGGGGUAGCAAGAACUGAGUAUAAACAAGGGAAGAGUCACUCAGCGUUCAAGCUCAUGAACUACCUCAUCUCUAAGCACAAGCCGCGUGGAUGGAUGUACCAGGAGAGGUCUCUCUACAACGUCGGAGACGAUGAGAAGCUUAAAGAUCUAGCAACCGCCACUGAGCUUGACCCUACGCUGACGUUUCCUUACAAGUAUAGGGCUGUGAUGAAGUUCGAACGGAAGCAGGUUAAAGAAGCGUUCGAGGAGGUUGAUAGAUUGAUUCAGUUCAAGCUUACUCCAGACUGUCUCGAGCUGAGGGCUUGGCUGUUUUUAGCCGUUGGUGACAAAGAGAGUUGUUUGAGAGAUAUAAGAGCGGUGCUGACUUUGGAGCCCAAGUAUGUUGUGUUUGGUGGGAGGAUGAGAGGUGAUUUGGUGGAGGCUUUGACCGCGCAGUGUAGUGAAGUAGAUUGUUGGGUGAAGCUUUACGAUAGAUGGUCAGCUGUGGAUGAUGUUGGUUCGUUGGGUGUUGUUCAUCAGAUGCUUCAGAAUGAUCCCAGCAAGAACUUUCUGAGGUUUAGACAAUCUCUUCUUCUCUUAAGAUUGAAUUGUCAAGGAGCUGCGAUGAGGUGCUUGAGAAUGGCAUGGAACUUGGCUGCUUCUGAGGCGGAGAGGUUGGUGUACGAAGGUUGGCUUUUAUACGACAUGAGCUAUGUAGACGAAGCUCUUGCUAAAGCGGAGAAGGCAAUCUCCAUUCAACGCUCCUUUGAAGCAUUUUUCCUCAAAGCAUAUGUUCUAGCUGAGAAGAAUCUCGACCCGGACGAGAGCUCUUGUGUGGCUCAGGUUCUAGAGGAAGCCCUCAAGUGUCCUUCGGAUGGGCUACGCAAAGGACAGGCGCUGAACAAUCUUGGGAGCAUCUACAUCGAUUGUUCGAUGCUAGAUCAAGCUGAAACUGCAUACAAGAACGCUCUAGAGAUCAAACACAUUCGUGCUCAUCAAGGCCUAGCAAGAGUUUACUUCCUGAAGAAUCAACGUAAAGAAGCGUGCGAGGAGAUGACAAAGCUGAUCAACAAGGCGUUUAGCAAAGCAGCAGCUUACGAGAAACGGUCUGAGUACUGCGAACGUGAAAAAGCCAAAGAAGAUCUCGACAUGGCCACAACACUUGACCCUCUGCGAACCUAUCCUUACAGAUACCGAGCUGCUGUCCUGAUGGAUGAUCAGAGAGAGACAGAAGCAGUGGAAGAGCUGUCUAAGGCUAUAGCUUUCAGACCGGAACUGCAAACGCUGCAUCUCAGAGCAGCGUUCCACGAGGCUACGGGGAAGCUUUCAUUGGCUGCGCAAGACUGCGAAGCUGCUCUCUGUUUGGACCCUAACCACACCGAGACGCUUCAUCUAUACAGCAGAUCCAAGGAUCAAGCUUCAUCCAUUGACAACACCAUUGUUGGCUUAGAUUAGUAGUUUCUAAGGGGACACCUAAAGGGCAGGCUCCUUUGUCUUUAGUUUCCAUCUGUGGUUAUGAUCUCCAUCUCAGUCCACCACCGUGGAGAUAGCCUAGGCAGUGCUGCAUCAGCUUCUAUUCCGGUGAUCUCUCUCAACUUCACCGCAACCUUUCUCAUUGUUGGCCUUUGAGCUGAGUAUGGAUUCAUACACUGCCUAACCACUCCCAACAACCUCUCAGCAACAUCCUCCUGAAACGUUUUCAGGGUCGGGUCUAC